CAAGUUGCUUUUCGCCUAGAAGCACAACAAUCGAUUUCUACCUAUCAGAUUGGGCGGAAUUAUUUCAUUAAAUCUACCCCUAGCCCAUUUUCAAUUAUUUUCAUGCUUCCCCGACGAAACAUCCAAAUUUGUUCGCAUUUGGCUAUUGUCAUCACCCUUGUUACCGCGGUUUUGUUUGCAAACAAGCCACCAUAGGGGGAUUGGUAUCGAAAUUAACAAUGUUUCGGUUACCAACAAGUCAAAGGGGUGAUACUUUCGACGCCUCAAAUUGGCAAGUUGUCUUGUAUCGACAGGGUGGUGUGUGGACUGACGAUGAGGCGAAAACAAGUCGCGCUUUUGAUGUUAGCUCUCUGUUUCAAUAAUAUAUGUCCGUUACAAAGUCUACACGGAGAUUCAGACUAUCAGCAUUUUUGUGGUACCAGACUCGUUUUUGCGCUAAGUUUGAUUUGCGAGACUUACAACACCGCCAGUGAAGUCUAUACCGAUUCCACUCCUCGAUUUGGGAUAGUAGAAACUUGCUGUAAGAGACCUUGUUCAAGAAAAGUUCUUUCUAGUUACUGUGGGACAUUGAAGACAGACACAAAACAGUCCACGCAAAAUCAAGGCGAAAUUAAUACAAAAGCGAAGAAGAGAAAUCGACAGAAGAAAAAACUAAAAAGGUACAAUAAAAGUAUAGAAAUGUGCACAAAAAAAGUUCACAAUAAAAAGAGACAGAGAAAGAAUGGCCGCAAAUAUAGAAUUAAAAAGGGAUGUUCGAAGCAAAAUUCAUCAAUGGUUCGAAGUAUUAGAUGAUAUGUAACGUGAAAUCUCAAAAAGAAGUGAAUAAACUUGGUUCUGAUUAUUCAAUGCGCCACUGUUCAUCCUGAAUAAA